UAAAAAACAUUCCUGUAAUUCAAAAGCAUUCUCUCUUUUCUGGGUUUUCUUUCUUCUGGAAAGUGUCAUUCGAGUAAAAAAAGAGAGUGGAUUCGAUGACGACGAUGAUUUUGAUUGAACCAGUUGAAGCUAAGUGACCUCACUCACUCAAAGCAACAAUUCUUGUCUCAAAAGAAAAAUAAAACCCCUCAAAAUUUCCAUUUCUUUCAAUUUUUUUGCGCCUUUUUCAUCGUCAGAGUAAAGAGAGAAAGAAAGGAGAGAGAAAAUGGCGGCACCUGAGAAGCCAUGGAAAGCAGAGUAUGCGAAAUCAGCGAGAGCUGCUUGUAGAACUUGCAAGAGCAACAUUGCCAAAGAGAUUCUUCGUUUUGGAAAAAUGGUCCAAUCUCCACAUUUUGAUGGUUUCAUGCCUAUGUGGCACCAUGCUACCUGCAUAAUGAAGAAAGCGAAUCAGAUUAAAUCCACUGAUGAAAUAGAAGGCCUUGAAUCACUUAGAUGGGACGAUCAGCAGAAAAUCAGAAAAUAUGUAGAUGGUAAUGGACUGGCGAGUAGUACUGUUGCUGCUGCACCUACUUCUACUCCUGCAGCAUAUGGUAUUGAAGUGUCCCAAACUUCCCGUGCUACAUGCAAACACUGUAGCGAAAAGAUAAUUAAAGGACAGGUUCGUAUAUCUGCUAAAAGUGAUGGCCAAGCUUCUAGAGGUUUGUCAUGGUAUCAUGCCACUUGUUUCCUGGAGUCAUCUCCUUCCACCUUGCCGGACAGCUUAUCUGGAUGGCAGAACCUUUCACCAAGUGAUCAAGAUUCUCUUCGAGCUGCUGCUAAAGGAAAAGCUCCUUCUGCAGAGACUGGUCUUAAUGGUAGUGGAAAAUCCUUGAAAGAGCCAAAAGCCAAAGAUGGUGCUAAGAGGAAGACUGCUGGUGGAAGUGAUCAGAAUGUCAAAAUUGCUAAAACUGAUGCUGAUAUGAUGUUGCGUAAAUGUGGCUCUUCAACAAACACUUUGGACAAGGGGAAACCUGGUUUGGAAAGUAAAUUGGAGGCUCAGUCCAAAGCGCUAUGGGAUCUGAAAGAUGAUAUGAAGAAGCAUGUUUCAAACGCGGAGUUGCGACAGAUGCUUGAAGCCAAUGACCAAAGUUCGUCGGGUUCAGAGCUCGACUUGAGGGACCGCUGUGCCGAUGGCAUGAUGUUUGGAGCGCUCAAAAGCUGUUCAAUGUGUUCUGGUCAUCUUUCCUAUUCUGGAGGCGCAUAUAAGUGCCAUGGCUAUAUCUCAGAGUGGAGCAAAUGUUCUUACUCUACUACUCAACCUGAAAGAAUAAAAGGGAAGUGGAAAAUACCAGAAGAGACGGAUAAUCAAUAUCUUCUCAAGUGGUUUAAGUCACAAAAAGCAGCCAAACCCGAGAGGAUACUACCGCCUUCAUCUUCCAACACGUCUGCUAGAAAUCAAAGUGCUAAAGGGCAGCUUAAGUCUUCGAAUGAAGAAAAGUUGGAGGAUCUUAAGGUUGCUAUUGCUGGAUUAUCUAAAGAAACCAUGGAGGAAUUCAAAAGCAAAAUUGAAGGGGCUGGAGGCCAGGUCCAUGCCAAGAUUAAGAAAGAUACAAACUGCUUGGUUGUGGGAGGUGGGCUUAGUGAUCAAAAUGCUGAACUGAAGAAAGCAAGGAGGAUGAAGAUCCCAAUUGUUAGAGAAGAGUAUCUGGUAAACUGUAUCCAAAAGCAGAAGAAGCUUCCAUUUGAUCUGUACAAAAUGGAGGCCACUGGCGAAUCUUCUAGCAUGGUUACUGUCAAAGUUAAAGGGCGAAGUGCUGUUCAUGAAGCUUCUGGUCUUCAAGAUUCUGGUCACAUCUUGGAGGAAGGACCCAGCAUCUAUAACACCACUCUCAGCAUGUCAGAUCUGUCAUCCGGUAUUAACAGUUACUAUAUUCUUCAGAUUAUACAAGAUGACAAGAGCCGAGAAUGCUAUGUUUUCCGGAAGUGGGGUCGAGUUGGCAAUGAGAAAAUUGGAAACAGCAAAAUUGCGGAGAUGUCAAAAUCAGAUGCGGUUGAAGAAUUCAAACGGCUAUUUCUGGAGAAAACUGGAAGUCCUUGGGAAGCUUGGGUUCAUAAACAGAACUUCCAGAAACAUCCUGGCCGAUUUUUUCCAUUGGAUAUUGACUAUGGGGUCAAGAGGCAGGCCCCGAAGAAGAGCUUCGAUGAUAGUAACAGCAAACUAGCUCCUGCAUUAAAAGAAUUGAUUAAGAUGCUCUUUAAUGUGGAAACUUACAGAGCUGCUAUGUUGGAAUUUGAGAUCAACUUGUCUGAGAUGCCUCUUGGGAAACUGAGCAAAAGCAAUAUCCAGAAAGGUUUUGAAGCCUUGACACAGAUACAAAACUUGUUGGAAAACACGGUUCUUCAAUCUUCUGUUAAAGAGAGCCUGAUUGUUGAUGCCAGUAAUCGGUUUUUCACCGUGAUUCCUUCUAUCCAUCCUCGUGUGAUUAGAGACGAGGAUGAUUUCAAGCUAAAGGUCAAAAUGCUAGAAGCACUACAGGACAUUGAAAUAGCUUCCAGACUGGUUGGUUUUGAUGUGGACAGUGAUGAUCCUCUUGAUGCAAAAUAUGCGAAACUACAUUGUGAUAUGGCACCUCUGUCACAUGAUAGUGAAGAUUUUCAAUUGAUCGAGAAGUAUCUUCUCACUACUCACGCCCCUACACAUACGGAAUGGAGUCUUGAAUUGGAAGAAGUGUUCUCACUUGAUAGGGAAGGAGAGUUUGAUAAGUUUGCACCUCAACGUGAGAAGCUUGGCAAUAGGAUGCUCCUUUGGCAUGGUUCCCGAGUGACGAAUUUUGUCGGUAUUCUUAGCCAAGGACUCAGAAUAGCUCCUCCUGAGGCUCCAGCUACUGGUUACAUGUUUGGUAAAGGGGUUUACUUCGCUGACCUUGUCAGCAAGAGUGCGCAGUAUUGCUACACUGAUAGGAAAAAUCCUGUGGGGUUGAUGCUAUUGAGUGAAGUUGCUCUUGGACAAGUUCAUGAACUCAAAAAAGCCCAGUACAUGGAUAAACCGCCAAGAGGGAAGCAUUCCACUAAAGGACUCGGAAAAAAAGUACCAAAUGAGGCCGGAUAUGCAAAGUGGCGGGAUGAAGUAGUAGUGCCUUGUGGGAAACCAGUGGAUUCCAAAGUGAAAGCAUCAGAACUCAUGUACAAUGAGUAUAUUGUUUAUGACACUGCUCAAGUGAAGAUGCAAUUUUUACUGAAGGUUAAGUUUCGCUAUAAGAGGUAACAAAUUGCUGAGAGAUCGACUCGUUGUAGCUUUGUAUAGUGUUAGGUUCUUUUUCCGUUUUGGCGCGUAACCUAGCCUUAGCUUUAUCGGUUUUUGUUUUUUUGUUUUUUGACAUUCAUAGUUUUAUCAGUUGAAGAUCUCAUUUUGGGGUUUUGUGGAGAUCUUUUUCUGUGCAUAUUUCUGUAUCGGAUGAACCCUUAGCGUCCAAACGAUUGUAACGACAUUUAGCUCAAAUCUUAUUCAGUUUGUGACUAUUCUGUGACA